UAGUGGAGGCUGUGAGGACUGUCGGUUACUGAGGGAAAUUCAGAGCACUGUCGGUUUAUAAUGGCCAAGAGUUUGCUAUCAAGGCUUUAUGACCUCUUUACAUGUUUGAAAUAAAUAAGUGCACGGGCUCUGGAAUCACAAGGUCGACGUCACAUUGAUCACCCAAUCACAGAUCAGCAUCGUUCACCUGUACGUGUGAACAGGUAACAAACGUCGAGACGCUCUCGAGCUUUUUCAUAUUUACCAAUCUUUUAACAUCGUCUGUAUUCUGGUCGCUUUGUUGAUUGUAUUACAAUUUUGGUUUGAUUCAAAGUGUUUGCUUUGAACUGACGUGGACUAUACUGAAGGAUUUUAUAGUCUAGCCUAUAAACUUUUCCGUAACGGAAAUGGACUACUUGAUAUUUUUUUCAUUUGCUCUGAACUGAAUGUGAUAUUUGGAACAUUUUUAUAUUAAAAAGAAGAAAAAAAGAGAAAAAAACCUUCAGAAAAAGUAAGGCAUUUCUUUCAAACUUAAACCGUGGUGAAGGGAGCAUCGUCUCUUCCACGCUUAUUUCGCCAUGAAUAUUUAACUGUCUGCUGAGACUGACGGACUGACUUCAGAUUGGGAAUAUUCUCUGAUGAGGAUGAUGAAGAUGAAAUGUGCUGUGCUGCAGAUGCUCGCGCUGUGUCUCGCGCUCCGUUCACCUGCGCGCGCUCAGACGGAGGAAGCUAAACAUGAAGUGUGUACAGGCACACAGAACUCGCUGAGUGUGACAGGAAGCUCUGAGGUCCAGUACAAACUCAUGAAAGAGAUGUACACAGGCUGCAAGAUUGUCAUAGGCAACCUGGAGAUCACGCAGAUGGAGCACAACCGCGAUCUCUCCUUCCUGCAGUCUAUCCGUGAGGUGACGGGCUACAUCCUCAUCGCCAUAAACCAGUUCAGACGUUUACCGCUGGAGCAGCUGCGAGUCAUCCGAGGGACGUCUCUAUAUGAAGAUCGCUUCGCUCUCGCCAUCCUCGUCAACUAUCAGAAAGACGGAGUGUACGGACUAGAGGAGCUGGGCCUCACACACUUGACAGAGAUCCUGGAGGGCGGAGUGCAGAUCAUCCAGAAUAAAUUCUUGAGCUAUGCGCCGCAGAUUAACUGGCUAGACAUUGUUAAAGACAGCGGGGCAGAAAUCAUCAUUGAAGACAACGGAGCAGAACGUCACUGUCAUGAGUCUUGCGGGGGUCAGUGUUGGGGUCCUGGAAAUGACUCUUGUCAAAUCUUGACUAAGACAGUGUGCGCACCACAGUGCAACGGCCGCUGUUUUGGCCGCAGCCCGAGCGAGUGUUGUCACAGCGAGUGUGCGGGGGGCUGCACCGGGCCGCUCGACACCAACUGCUUUGCCUGCAGAAAUUUUAACAACUCGGGAUCGUGUGUGCCACAGUGUCCUCAGGCUCUCAUCUAUAAUAAAGUGACGUUCAAACUGGAACCGAAUCCUAAUGCAAAAUACCAGUAUGGCACAAUAUGUGUAUCACAUUGUCCCACUAACUUUGUUGUAGACGGCAGUUCGUGUGUUAGCAGCUGUCCAGCAGACAAGAUGGAGGUCGAAAAAAAAGGAGUGAAAAGAUGUAUGCCGUGUGGGGGUCUCUGUCCGAAAGCAUGUGUUGGCACUGGUCCACCUUCCAGACAGACCGUAGACUCGCAGAACAUCGACAGCUUCAUAAACUGCACAAAGAUAAAGGGCAGCCUGCAUUUCCUCAUAACAGGAAUUAAAGGAGACAGUUAUAAUAAUAUUAGUGCUCUUGAUCCAAAGAAACUGAAGAUCUUCAACACUGUCAGAGAGAUCUCAGAUAUUCUGAGUAUUCAGUCUUGGCCUGAAGAGCUGGAUACUCUUUCAGUUUUCUCAAAUCUAGCAACAAUACAGGGAAGAAGUCUGCACAGAGGUUUCUCACUUUUGGUGAUGAAGAUUCCUACCUUGAAGUCCCUUGGUCUUCGCUCACUGAAGCGGAUUGGUGACGGAGGCAUCUACAUCACAGGAAACAAACAGCUCUGCUAUCAUCACACUGUUAACUGGACACGUCUGUUCGGGAGUGGCCCUCGGGCCCAGCGCCGCCAGAAACCCCUCGACAUCAAGGACAACCACCCACAAGAGCAAUGCAGGCUGCUGGGGUCCGGGACCUGAUCAGUGUGUGUCUUGCAAGAACUAUAGCAGGGGAGGAACAUGUGUACCACAAUGCAACUUCCUGUCAGGGGUGCUAAUGAUUGUGCAGCCUGUGCACAUUUGCAGGACGGGCCGUACUGUGUGUCCUCAUGUCCAGAGGGGGUCCAGGGGGAGAAUGGACUCAUCAUUUAUAAGUUCUCCAAUAGACAGCAUAAAUGCCAACCAUGCCAUGCCAACUGCACCCUAGGAUGUUUGGGUCCAGGUCAGAAUGAAUGUGUGGAUUCGCCCAGGAGAGAAGUUGUGUUGCCGGUGACAGCAAUAGUGCUGAGUGUUAUAUCCUGUGUGCUGGUCGCUUUCUCAGUGUUUGUGCUGACCGUUCUUUAUCGCAGAAGUGUUUCCAUCCGCAGAAAACGUGCCAUGAGGAGAUAUCUGCAGCGUGAGGAGAGUUUCGAACCACUGGAUCCAGGAGAAAAAGGCACUAAAGUUCAUGCACGCAUUCUGAGAGGGUCUGAACUACGAAAGAUCAAAUCUCUCGGCACUGGAGUGUUCGGCACUGUGCACAAGGGACUUUGGAUACCAGAGGGAGACACUGUAAAGAUUCCAGUGGCUAUCAAGACUAUUCAAGACCGCACAGGACGACAGACCUUUCAGGAAAUUACAGAUCAUAUGUUGGCUAUGGGGAGUCUGGACCACCCAUACAUAGUGCGGCUCUUAGGCAUCUGUGCAGGGCCCAGUCUGCAGCUGGUGACUCAGCUCAGCCCCCAGGGGUCUUUGCUGGAGCACAUCCGGCAGCGCAGAGAGAGCCUCAACCCUCAGAGACUGCUCAACUGGUGUGUGCAGAUUGCCAAGGGUAUGUACUAUCUAGAGGAGCAGCGAAUGGUCCACAGGAACCUGGCUGCCCGCAACAUCCUGCUCAAGAGCGACUUUAUUGUUCAAAUAGCCGAUUAUGGCAUCGCUGACCUCCUCUACCCUGAUGACAAGAAAUACUUCUUCAAUGAAAUUAAGACACCAAUUAAGUGGAUGGCCCUCGAAAGCAUCUUGUUUCGUAGAUACACACACCAGAGUGAUGUAUGGAGUUAUGGUGUGACUGUCUGGGAAAUGAUGUCAUAUGGGGCGGAGCCAUACUCUGCUAUGCGACCACAAGAAGUACCCGAUCUGUUAGAGAAAGGGGAACGUCUCUCUCAACCUCAGAUCUGCACCAUUGAUGUCUACAUGGUCAUGGUCAAAUGUUGGAUGAUUGAUGAAAAUGUUCGGCCAACUUUCAAGGAGCUAGCCAAUGAGUUCACCCGAAUGGCCAGAGACCCGUCUCGAUAUCUCGUCAUCACAGAGGAGCCCAGAGCCCCUGACCCGGCCUCAGAUGAGUCCCAUCAGAGAGGAACUGAGAUGGUCAUUCUAGGGGUGGCGCUGGAGGACCACGAGGAUGAAGUCUUGGAAGAUACGACAGACAUGCCACGCUAUAUAACAACAGCCAGAAGUUUCUCUAGAUUGCGUAUAGAUUCUCAUCGGUCAAGUUUGACUCCAUCCAAUAUUGCUGGAUAUCUUCCAAUGACCCCUGGUCUGGAGAGCUCAGUACAGACGGGAUGGGCAUCUCGGGCCCGUCUCGACUCUGGAUGCACUGUUUCUGAGAGCUCGGAGGGACGGGGAACUGCGGUGGAAAUAGAGAUGAAUGAGGACAUGUCUUCGGUUGGCAGCAUGAGGAGGGUCAAACAUCGUGAGGACAGCGCUUAUAUGUCACAGCGGGAAAGCCUUUUAGGACCUCCGGAAACAACCUCCACAGGGACUCCAGGAGAAGAAGACCAAAAUGAAUAUGUGUUGCCUGGGUUUGGUGAAAGUCCAGAGAAAGACACUCUUCUGUUCACAUCAUCACGUGCAAAACGUUCUCAAAGAAGAAUCUCAAGAGGUCAUUCUGGAGACUUUUUGGAGGCCCACAGUGUUGCGGGUGAAGAAUACGAGUAUAUGAACAAUCCGACCCUCUCUCUCGGGCAUAUACCAGGACAGCUUAAAUAUUACAAUCAGCGAUUGCCACGCAACCGCAGCGCCUCCUUCAACCCCGCCGGCUUUUACAACAAUCACAAAUCUCUAGGGUCCAGCAGCAGGCGCAGUAAGAGAUCAUCGAUCGAGGGCUCAGAAAGUAGCGGAGGUCUCUCCCAGUCCUCGACUGACCAAAGGAGUCACAGCGAUGGUGAUUUCCUCUCCAGUGAAACAGAAUACAACGAUGGCGAUCUGGAUCUCCAGGGGGUUCAGUACGAGUACAUGGACAUCCGUGGUAGUGCAGGACCACCAUCCAACAUGGUGCUCAAAGUUCACCUCCCAAGACCGGUUUCCCAUCCUCCUCUCAGAAGAUCGCCACAAGACGAUGAAGACGAAUAUGUGGAGGAAGACUAUCAGUACACUAAUCACCAGCCUCGGCUGAGGAACUCUCUCAGGGUUCAGGGGUUAAUGCAAGGGGAAGGAAAGGAAUAUGAAUAUGAGGAUAUGGACUCAUUGGCUGCAGGUGGAGCACCGGCAGCUGAAUACCAGAAUCUGGACGGAGAAGAUGAGGAGAGUGAUGGGCUGACGGACGAACACCGGAACCUGGACCCGGGAAAGUAUUUAAAAGUACAUGCAGGGAUGGAACAUAAAGCUUUUGAUAACCCUGACUAUUGGCACAGCAGGUCGUUUCACAAAGCCAAUGCUGUCCGCACAUAGAAAUGGAGAAUAGCUUGAAGGAACUUGAUGCAAAUGAAUAAAUGCAAGUUGAACUUUCUUCAGUGACCAGCGUUCAGGAUAUUAUUCAAUAAUGCACUUCUUACUGGAAUAAAUCCAGAGAAAAACUGAGGCAAUCUUGACAAAAUAAAUGUAUUUUGAUCUAAAAUGUAUUCUUGGUGUAAAAAAAAAUGUGGCAUUAUGGUUAAAAUACAUUGAAACAAGAGCAGCUUUGUUCUUUUUUACUAUGGUGGAGGUACCAGAAUGACCAGAUUCAUGAGCUACACAUUGAAUGGGAAGAUAUUUACAUCUGGAUGUGUAUGUAUGUGUGUGGUUACUUAAAAUGUUCGUGCUAAGUUUGUGUAACUCAUCAAGAGAAGCCAUAAGUUUGCUGUUGUGAGUGUUCAUCUUAAAUAUCUGUUAUUUAGUGUGUUCAUGAAGUUCCCAGUUCAGUCAGCAGCUGUUACUGCCACACCACUCUGCAUCUGCUCAGAUUGCACUCAAAUUAUUUCACAAUUUAAGUAUCAUUUUCGAAAUAACUCAUUUCGAAAUAUCUAAUAUGAGGUAUUUACAUUUGGAGUCAGUUGAAUAGCAUAUUGAUUGAAUUUGGGUAAAGUCAUUUUUGAUGUCUUUGAGGUGUUUGUUGUCCAUGCCUUCUGAACAAAUAAUGAAGUACUUGUAUUAUGUUUCAAAUGAAAUGGCCAGUAAACAAGCUUUUAUAACAAACUGUAGUUUUGUACACAUAUCAAACUAAAGUAUUUUCUCCACUUUGUAAGUUUGAAAUUAUAUUUUGGUUUUAUCGUACACUUUCAAUAAAAUAUUUCUAUGUAAAGCUGAACUAAA